AUGGGACUUUCUCAGGAGGACAGAAACACUUCCACAUCGUCAAACCCUAAUCUUCCUAAUCCUUAUAACCCUAAUCUAUCCUUUCUCAAGACACAUAAUAGUUCUUACAUCUACCACGGACCACAAGUUCGUACUGUUAAAGAGUCCAUAACAUCUUCCACCAAUGCAACUUUUUUGGUCUAUCAAGGCCCAAAUAGUUCAAUCCUUGUAAACCAACCAGUUUUCCCCGCAACUACCGAAUCGGCUCAACGUUACCGUUGCCAGUCUCUUUUCUAA